AUGCCUUCUGCAGAGACAAAACCGAGGACCUUGUACGACAAGGUCUUCGCUGACCACAUUGUUAAUGAGCAAGAUGAUGGCACUUGCCUUCUCUACAUCGAUCGUCACCUUGUUCACGAAGUGACCUCCCCUCAGGCUUUCGAGGGUCUUAAGAAUGCUAGCCGCCCAGUCCGCCGGCCGGACUGCACCUUGGUGACUGUCGACCACAACAUCCCUACCUCUUCCCGCAAAGAAUUCAAGAAUGCCGAGACUUUCAUUAAAGAGACCGACUCGCGUUUGCAAUGUACUACUCUCGAGCAGAACGUCAAGGACUUCGGCCUCACCUACUUUGGCAUGAGCGACAAGCGCCAGGGUAUCGUGCACGUUAUCGGCCCUGAGCAGGGUUUCACUCUCCCCGGUACCACCGUCGUCUGCGGUGACAGCCACACCUCCACCCACGGUGCUUUCGGUGCCCUUGCUUUCGGUAUCGGAACUAGUGAGGUCGAGCACGUCCUCGCUACCCAGACCCUCCUUACCCGCCGAAGCAAGAACAUGCGCGUCCAGGUCGACGGCGAGCUUCCUGCCGGCGUUACUAGCAAGGAUGUUGUCCUUCACAUUAUUGGUGUUAUCGGAACUGCUGGUGGUACCGGUGCCGUCAUUGAGUUCUGCGGUUCUGUCAUUCGCGGCCUCAGCAUGGAGGCUCGUAUGUCCAUGUGUAACAUGUCCAUUGAGGGAGGUGCGCGUGCCGGUAUGAUUGCGCCUGACGAGAUCACUUUCGAGUAUCUCAAGGGCCGUCCUCUUGCUCCCAAGUUCGGUAGCUCUGAGUGGAACCGUGCCGUCACUUACUGGUCUUCCUUGAAGUCCGACGCCGAUGCCAAGUAUGACAUUGAUCUUUUCCUUGACGGCAAGGACAUCAUUCCUACUAUCUCCUGGGGUACUUCCCCUCAGGACGUCGUCCCUAUUACCGCCGUCGUUCCUAGCCCCGAUGAUUUCGAGGACCCCGCUCGCAAGCUCGCUUGCAAGCGUGCCCUGGAGUACAUGGGUCUCACCUCUGGUGUCCCUAUGACUGAUAUUCCCGUUGACAAGGUCUUCAUUGGAUCUUGCACCAACUCCCGUAUUGAGGAUCUGCGUGCUGCUGCCAAGAUCGUCAAGGGCAAGAAGAUCGCCGCGAACAUCAAGCGUGCUAUGGUCGUCCCCGGUUCCGGUCUGGUCAAGGAGCAGGCCGAGGUUGAGGGUCUUGACAAGAUCUUCACCGAUGCUGGUUUCGAGUGGCGUGAGGCUGGUUGCUCCAUGUGUCUCGGUAUGAACCCGGAUAUCCUUGACCCCAAGGAGCGCUGUGCCAGUACCUCCAACCGUAACUUCGAGGGUCGCCAGGGUGCCCAGGGUCGUACCCACCUGAUGUCUCCUGCUAUGGCUGCCAUCGCUGCCAUUGUCGGUAAGCUUGCUGAUAUUCGUGAGCACGCCGUUGUCAGCCCCGUCCUCGCCAAGGUUCAGCCUGUCUUCGACAUCCAGGCUGAGGCUGCUGACUCCCCCAUCACCGAGGAUGAGCUUGACCGCGUCCUGGACCUCCCUGCUGACAACGAGCCUCACACCAACUCCUCCGCUGGCGGUGGCAAGAGCACUGGUCUUCCCAAGUUCCUUACCCUCAAGGGUAUCGCUGCUCCUCUGGACCGCUCCAACGUCGACACCGACGCUAUCAUCCCCAAGCAGUUCCUCAAGACCAUCAAGCGUACUGGUCUCGGCACUGCCCUCUUCUACGAGCUGCGUUUCAACCCUGAUGGUUCCGAGAACCCCGAGUUCAUUCUCAACCAGGGUAUCUACCGCGACUCUAAGAUCCUCGUCGUGACUGGCCCCAACUUCGGCUGCGGUAGUUCCCGUGAGCACGCCCCCUGGGCUCUUCUCGACUUCGGUAUCAAGUGCAUUAUCGCCCCCUCCUUUGCCGAUAUCUUCUUCAACAACACCUUCAAGAACGGCAUGCUGCCCGUUGUCGUCUCUGACGAGGUUGCUCUGGCUAAGAUCGCCGCUGAGGCCCAGGCUGGCCGUGAAGUUGAGGUUGACCUUGUUAACCAGGAGAUCAAGGACGCCGAGGGUAACAAGAUUACUGCUUUCGAUGUCGAUGGUUUCCGCAAGCACUGCCUUGUCAACGGUCUUGAUGACAUUGGUCUGACUCUCCAGAUGGAGAGCAAGAUCCGCACCUUCGAGACUAAGCGCAGCCUUGAGACCCCUUGGUUGGAUGGUACUGCCUACCUCAAGCGUGGUACUCGUGGUGGCGCUACUCGCAUCAAUGCUGCCCCUGUUCCCAAGACCAACCGUGGUGACGUGAAGGGCGAGCCACUUGAGUGGUAA